AUGAAGUUCACUGAUUUUCACAUUCACAAGGAAAAACAUUUUAAAAGCCGUCAUGCUGUAAAUGCUCUCCUUGGACAAACCGUUUGGCACUGUUGGCACAUCACAACUGGAACGAGUUUCCUCGACUGCCCGAAAGAGGAUUUAAAAAGGAUGCGCACUUUUAAAGAACUCGCAAUGAAAUGA